AGAGCUCUGCGCCACUGACACGUCUUUCUCCACGAGCAACAGCGCCAUCUCUGACUACGAAACGGAGUAUCCUUCCGUCGUGUGCACCCCCAGGACGAGUAGCAGCGUACACGUAUCUUGUGUGUCACCGCCACACUUCUCCUUCAUCGUUCUCCUCCCUUCGUAUUAUCGCUGCAUUGCUACCCCCACGUCAAGUAACCACCGAGCAACCCAACCCUCAUACACCGCCACACUCCAUUCAUCCCGCCGCCAUUAAAAUCAACACCCGCUCCGUAAAGCGAUCUUUUCCUUUAUCGUUUUCUUCCGUUCUCUUCUCUCCCAUGCCUAACGUUACCAACACCUUUGUGACGCUGCCCAACGGCGUCAAGAUGCCGCAGAUCGGCCUCGGCGUGUGGCAGUCCGCCGCCGGUGAAGCCACAGAGAACGCCGUGAAGUGGGCCGUGCAGGCCGGCUACCGCCACAUCGACACGGCUCGCAUCUACGAGAACGAGGAGAGCGUCGGUGUGGGCAUCCGCGACUGCGGCGUGCCGCGCGAGCAGAUCUUCGUCACAACAAAGCUGUGGAACACAGAUCAGGGCUACGAGAGCACCCUCGCCGCCUUCGAGGAGAGCCGAAAGAAGCUCGGCCUUGACUACAUCGACCUCUACCUCAUCCACUGGCCGCGCGGCAACGCUAUCGUGGCCAAGGAGGGCAAGAAGUACCUGGACUCGUGGCGCGCCUUCGAGAAGCUGUACGAGGAGAAGAAGGUGCGUGCGAUCGGCGUGUCGAACUUCAACAUCCACCACCUCGAGGACGUGCUGGCGAUGUGCAAGGUGGCGCCGAUGGUGAACCAGGUCGAGCUGCACCCGCUGAACAACCAGGCGGAGCUGCGGAAGUACUGUGCCUCGAAGAACAUCUACGUGGAGGCGUGGUCGCCGCUGGGCCAGGGCAACCUGCUCGCCGAUCCGCAGCUCACGAGCAUCGCCGCGAAGCACCACAAGAGCGCUGCGCAGGUGAUCCUGCGCUGGGACAUUCAGCACAACACCAUUACGAUCCCCAAGUCUGUGCACAAGGAGCGCAUCGUCGAGAACGCCCAGGUCUUCGACUUUGAGCUGAGUGCGGAGGAGAUGGCGACGAUCGACGCGAUGAACACGAACCACCGCUACGGCCCCAACCCCGACGACGCCGAUUUUUAGUUUCUGGCUGUGGUUAUUGAAGCCAAUGCAUUUUCUUCGUCUUCUCCGGGAUGUGUCGAAGGAGUUUCCUUGUAAAGGCUGGAGGUGCGUGCAUGACAUCGGAGUGGUGAUGCAUCAAAACCGCAAAUAAUUUUCAAGUGACGCUUUCUUUCUGAUUUGAUUUUUCUCAUUAUUAUUCUUCUCAACGUAGAGCCUGUUCGUGGGAUAGCGUGCACCUUAGCCAGACACUGGAAGCGCGCUAGAGCGUUGCGCUAUCAGGUUAUCGCCAGCAAACCCACUCAACGAAGCACCUCUUGUUGUCUCUCUUUAUUUUUGUUUCUCUUCUCUACCGUCACAAUAGGACAAU